GGUAUUUUGAAUCGGAUCCGGUUUCAUCCGAUAAUAAAGAAGACUGGCAAUUAGUGCCAGACGUUGAUGGCAAAAUGCAUUUAGUAAACAUCGCCAGUGUCAAUUCGGAUGCAGAACCACUAUUUGAUCCCGUGGCUGACACCCAUUUUCGGCUGUUCACUAGACUAAAUCCAAACUCAGGUCAAUUGAUUGUAGUUAACAAUAAUGCACAGUUGGCCGCUAGUAAUUUUAAUCCUGCGCUUCCCACUCGAUUUAUGAUACACGGUUGGAAUGGUGGUGGAGCCAAUUCAGGGGCAUCAAUGGCUCGUGCUUGGCUAGAUCAAAUAAAUUGCAACGCAUUCGGAGUCGACUGGGGAGCUGGGGCUCGAACUCCUAACUACGUUUUGGCUCGUAAUAGAGUUGGCAUUACUGGACAUGCUGUAGGUGCAUAUAUCGAAUUUCUCCAUCGAAAUGGAUUGUCCUUCUCGAAUGUUGUGGUCGCCGGCCACAGUCUAGGUGCUCACGUGGCGGCUUUCGCCGGAAAGAGAGUUCGACAGGCAACUGGCUCGCUUAUACACGCUGUGGUCGGAUUAGAUCCCGCCGGACCACUUUUUUCGCUUGACGAUCCUGCCAAUCGCAUUGAUCAUACGGAUGCAACGUAUGUGGAAAGUAUCGUAACUGACGGAGGAAGACUCGGCUUUGAGCAUCCCGUUGGUCAUGCUAAUUUUUAUCCGAAUUGGGGAACAACACAACCAAUGUGUCCACCGAACGAUUUUACUGGACAAUGUAGCCAUAGCAUAGUGAGCACGUUCUUCGGUGCUUCAUUCAACUCGAGCCACAUUUUUGGCGCAACAAGGUGUCGCGAUUUAAAUGACAUUCGUAACCGAAAUUGUGUGCAAAGUGGCCCGAGCAGACGCAUGGGUGGUGAGCCAGUUAUGGACGGUGUUAGUCCUGUUGGUAGCGUAUUUUUCUUGGCAACAUAUGUUGAUCCCCCAUUUGCUCAAGGUCCUAGGUAAAUUCUAUUCGCUGGUUUUGACUACGAGAAAUAUAAGAGUGUCAGUGC